CUCCCUGGCGGUAGCAAAGCAUGUAACGUUGAAGUGCUCCUUCCUAAGGGGAGGGGGCAGCGAGAGGGUCUAUUACCUUGUUCCCCAGCACGUCUGGCCUUCUAGCCAAUAGCGGGGAGAUAUGCAAAUGAGCUCAGCGGUCUGCCUGCCCCAAACAAAACAAUGAACUCAGACUCGGUGGAAAGUUAGAAGCGCCAACACUGGACCGUUUCAGGCGAGCUCAUCGACAGCAACGCGAGGAGGGCUAUUUUCAUUUUCUCGUAAGGAGGCGUUCAAUGGAGCGUAAAACCGGCGCCGUCUCAAUGCAUUCGGACUGAGUACGCAGAAGAUCUCUGCUCAAGCUGGCAAGAAUGAAGUACAAGAAUCUUAUGGCAAGAGCCCUCUAUGAUAACGUCCCAGAAUGUGCAGAGGAGUUGGCCUUCCGCAAAGGUGAGAUUUUAACAGUGAUAGAACAGAACACCGGUGGACUAGAAGGAUGGUGGCUCUGCUCUCUACAUGGACGACAAGGCAUUGUCCCUGGCAACCGUGUGAAACUUCUGGUAGGUCCUGUGCAGGAGAAUCCCUCUAACCAAGACAUGCCAAAUUCAGGACCUGUACAGCAACCCUUUAACCAACAAAAGGUCUACCAAGUGCCAAGUGCACAUACUUCUCCUCGGGACCCUAUCUACCAAGUGCCACCUUCUUAUUUGAAUCAGGGAAUCUACCAAGUACCUACUGGCCAUGGUCUUCAGGAGCAAGAGGUUUACCAAGUGCCUCCAUCUGGGCAGAGAAGUUUCAGUGGACUUGAUGGCUCCCCAGUAAGCAACAAGGUAGUAACUCCAGUCAGGUCAGGACAAGGUUAUGUUUACGAGUUCCCUACCAAAUACCAGAAGGAUACCUACGAUAUCCCACCGAUUCGUCCUCUCCAAGGGAUAUAUGAUGUCCCCCCUACCUCAUUUAAAAGUCCUGUGCAAGCAGCUCCAACAGGCAGUGCAAAAUCUCAAGGGGUAUAUGAUGUUCCUCCCACAAAACGGAUCUACGCCAUCCCCCCUCCUGUAAGCAGAGAUGACAUCGAUCCCAGGGACCGCUUACCUGACUUGGCUCCUUGCAUAAAGCAUGAGGCUAGACCGGAGGGUGUGUACGAUGUUCCUCCUCCCAUGGCCAAAGCAGCUGCAAAAGAAGCUGGUCAAAAAUGUUUUAGCAGCCCAGCUCCGCCUUCUGACUCAACAUCACACCACCAAGGCCUGUAUGAUGUCCCAGUGAGCCAUCAAACUCAGUUUGCUGGGCAGCAGGUAGCUCCACAGUCGGAUGUCUAUGACACCCCACGGGGAGCUCCAUUCCCUGGUCAGCAUUUGGGAUUUAGUGAAAGCCUAAACCCUGAAGGAAAAGAGGGUGUAUAUGAUGUGCCGCCGCAGGUCACACAGGAUACAAAAAGAUUGCAGGAUGUGACUGAUGGAAUGAACAGGUUGUCAUUUUCCAGUACAGGGAGUACCAGGAGUAACAUGUCCACAUCCUCCACGACAUCAAAGGAAUCUUCUUUUUCAGCCUCUGCUUCUCAGGAGAAAAGACUGAUGCUGGAUCCUGACACUGCCAUAGAGAGACUUUACAGGCACCAGAAUGCAGUGGAGACCACCAUCUCCAGCUUAAUGGCCUUUGUCAACCCUGACUGGAGGUCUUAUGAGUACAUGGAGAAAAACAUCAACCAGAUCCACACAGUUGUCAACAAGGUGGAGCAGUCGCUGGUUGACUACCUUCAUUUUGCCAAGGGAGCCACAGCCAAUGCUUCCUUCCUCCCAGAUCUCAGCCUCUACAACAAAAUGAGGAGGGAGCUGCAGAGGCUGGAAGAUUCUCAUCAGAUUUUAACUCAGACUGGCCAUGACCUCAGCAGCUGCAGCUGGUCUCUGAAUGUCCUGGCUCUCAAUAAACCCCAGAACAAAUGCGAUGACCUGGAUCGAUUUGUUAUGGUGGCACGGACAAUCCCAGAUGAUGCAAAGCAACUGACGACCAGCAUCAGCGUCAAUGCCGAGGUGCUCUUUAGACAAGCACCCUGCAACUCACACUUUAAAAAUGUGUCAGAGAGCAUUAUGCCCACUGUGGAUUAUGUGUAUGACAGUCCUCAGGCCCAGACUUUGCAUCCUGGAGACAAAAGCCAGGACCACUGCACUUCGUUGCCCCCACUGCUUUCCAAAGAGCAGCAUUACCAAUGCAGCAUCAGUGAUGGCUCAGAGAAGAGCUGGAUGGACGAUUACGAUUAUGUGCACUUGCAGGGGAAGGAAGAGUUUGAAAGACAACAGAAGGAACUGCUAGACAAAGAAAAUAUCAUCAAGCAGAACAAGAUGCAGCUGGAGCAUCAUCAGCUGAAUCAGUUCCAGUGGCUGGAACAAGAGAUCACAAAGCCAGUGGAAAACGACAUUUCAAAAUGGAAGCCAACUCAGGACCUUCGCUCUAUGAACAGUCUGGUAGACUCUCAAGAAAGACAACUGCUUUUAUUUUAUUCAGACCAGUGCGAAACUCAUUUCAUUUCCCUUUUAAAUGCCAUUGAUGCCUUCUUCAGCUGCAUUAGUGCUUCACAGCCACCAAGGAUCUUCGUUGCUCAUAGCAAAUUUGUCAUCUUAAGUGCUCACAAACUGGUGUUCAUUGGGGAUACCCUGACUAGGCAGUUGACUACUUUGGAAAUACGGAACAGUGUCAUGAACUCCAGCAACCAGCUUUGUGAGUUGCUUAAAAGCAUUGUUAUAUCAACCAAGACAGCCGCCUUAAAUUAUCCCAGCACCACAUCCUUGCAAGAAAUGGUGAAUCGGGUGACAGAACUCUCUCACUAUGCACAGUUGUUUAAACGCUCUUUGGUACAGAUGGCAUCUUACUGAAAUGCACAAAAUGGACUCCAACCAACAAAGAAAAAUGCCUAGAAAAGAACUGGAAAUAUUUUCUAUAUUGUGUAUAUAAUAAUAAUAAUUAAUGACCUGAUCAUUUAUUUUUUGUAGACGUUUUAUAUUAAAUAUUUUAAAUUCAUUUUAUGGAUUAGAAGCUAUAAAGGUUUUCACCAAUCUCAAUAUGUUUAUCAUUUUGAAUAUACAUAUAUAAAUAUAAAAUGAUACUCUACAUAUAUGUAUAUGUUGCAACAUUCCAUAUAAAGUCCAUUGAGUAAGCACCUUAACAAAAGCAUCCAUCAAUGUUGUGGUGUAUUUGUUUUAUUAUGUUUUUUUUUCAGGAUAUCCAUUAACCAGAUGCUUGUUUUGCCUUUUUUGCGGGUGGGGGGCAUAUUUUACUUCAGCUUAAUUAUAUCAUUCAAACAGUGCUGUAAAGGUCGUGGCAAUUCCUGAAGAAAAUAUCAUUGUUUUAGUUCUAAUUGCCUUCUCAAACAAUCCCUACUUGGCAUAGGUGGCUACUAAAUAAAUUGUAACUUCUUA